AUGCCACAACUCGAGCAAGUUCCCCGUGGCUAUGAUGCCGAGCCCGCCACUUCAACAUCAGACCCUCUUGUUCAUUUGAAAUCUCGGUCGAACAACUUUGAUUUCACCUUUGAAGCCUUGAAACCAGGCCUUUUCCGCACAACUUUUACAUCACCCAAGCACACCCUACCGCCCCACCGUGCGACACGAGUUCCUAAAACAACUCUGAGCAACACUCAAGUUUCGAUACUCCAAUCCGACAUCUCCUCUCAGACCAAAGAAUUCAAGGUAGCAGAUGUGACUGCCAAGGUUGACUGGUCGAGCGGCCUGCCUUUGAUAUCUCUACAAGUGCCAGGGCAAAGUGUCCCGGCCCACUCAGAUUUGCCAAACCGCUCAUACGCAGCUGAUGGUCCUGGUAUAGCCCAUUAUACAAGAUACAACCAUGGGAGUCUUCAUCUUGGACUCGGAGAAAAGUCAGCACCCAUGGACCUGUCCAAUAGACACUUCAUCCUCUCAGCCACUGAUUGCUUUGGCUAUGAUACUCACCGCACCGAUCCCAUGUACAAGCAUAUUCCUUUGCUCAUCAAUGCAACUCCUCAAGGAUGUGUUGCCAUCUUUUCUACUUCCCAUGCACGAGGCUUCUACUCCGUGGGCUCCGAAAUGGACGGCAUGUGGGGCCGAUUCAAAGUGUACCGUCAAGACUAUGGAGGGCUAGAAGAGUAUCUCAUUGUUGGAAAAUGCUUGGAGCAAGUGACUCGGACAUAUGCUGACCUGGUGGGCUACCCUAUGCUUGUACCACGUUGGGCUUUUGGGUACCUUGCUGGAGGAAUGAAAUAUUCCAUGCUGGAUGAACCGCGUGCUAGCGAUGCUUUGAUGGAGUUUGCAGCAAAGCUCAAAAAGCACGACAUUCCUUGUAGCGGAUUUCAAAUGUCAUCCGGAUAUACCGUGGCGGAAACGGAGCCGAAAACACGAAAUGUCUUCACCUGGAAUAAGCACCGCUUUCCCGAUCCACAGGGAUUCAUUGACGCUUUUCAUAAAAAGGGCAUCCGUCUGAUUGCCAAUGUGAAGCCAUAUGUACUCUCAAAUCAUCCAGAGUAUACCAAGUUGAAAGCUUCGGGUGCAUUCUUUACUGAUUCUUUAACCUUGGUAUCUGCCGAAGCGCGUCUAUGGAGUGCUGGAGGUGGUGAGAGCGGUGUUGGUGGACACAUCGACUUCACCUCGGCGGCCGGUUACAAAUGGUGGUAUCAAGGAGUUCAAGAACUUAAGCGUCUCGGUAUUGAUUGCAUAUGGAACGACAACAACGAGUACACGAUUCCUCAUGAUGGCUGGCAGUGCGCAUUGACUGAGCCAUCAGUCAUUCAGGACAAAGAUAGUAACCACGACAAAACGGUAGGAUUCUGGGGACGUGCACUGAAUACCGAGUUGAUGGGCAAGAGCUCUCACGAUGCUUCGCUCGAGGUUGAGCCUAAUCAGCGGCCAUUUAUUCUGACAAGAAGUGCUACAGCAGGUACAUUGCGUUAUUGUGCAAGCACUUGGUCCGGCGACAAUGUCACAAGCUGGGACGGAAUGAGAGGUGCAAAUGCACUUUCACUCACAGCCGGCAUGUGUUUGAUGCAAUGCUAUGGUCACGACAUUGGGGGCUUUGAAGGACCUCAGCCAUCACCCGAAUUACUGGUACGGUGGUGUCAGCAGGGCAUCUACUCUCCGCGCUUUGCCAUUAAUUGCUUCAAGACAUCUCCAGAGAACAAUAGCGUUGGCGACGUCAUUGAACCGUGGAUGUACAAAGAGACUACACCGUUGGUCCGCGACAUCAUCAAACGCCGCUACGAGAUUAUUCCCUAUCUUUACUCACUCUCUUUAGAAUCUCACCAGACAGCAACACCACCCCAGCGAUGGACGGGCUGGGGCUUCGAGUCUGAUACCGAGGUCUGGAGUAACAAGAUCCUUCGUGAUGGGGAGACUCAGUACUGGCUUGGUGAUGCAAUCCUAGUGGGCGGAGUGUAUGAACCUGGUGUAGAAAAGGCCAAGGUAUAUCUACCUCGGGAAUCAACAGAUCCAGACUUGCAUUUUCUAGACCUCAACAAUACUCCCCAAACAUACUAUCAAUCUGGACAAUGGAUUGAGAUUUCAGCGAAGUGGACCAACAGUAUACCGGUGCUCGCAAAAGUCGGCGGCGCAAUACCGAUAGGUCGACCAGAACAAGUACUGUCUGCAGGAGAGACGGCCAAUCCUGCAAAUCUUCCUCCAGAUGACUAUCGUGGUGUCGAGCUAUUUCCACCACAGGGUUCUUCUCAUGGUAAGGUCUUUUCCAACAAGUGGUACGAAGAUGACGGCAUCUCACCGCCUCCCGCACGUACAUCUAUCUUCCAGAUUAGUUAUCAAACUACCGAGGCUGAAGUGCUGGUCGAUUUUAAAAAGAUUCUACAACCUGGAUUCGCGCCUGCAUGGUCCCAGCUGGAAAUCAUAUUGCCAGCUGGGGACGAGCGAAAUGUCACAUUCAAUGGAACAAGGGCGCACAAGUCAGAGACUGAUCUGAAGGGUAGGGUUCAUUUCAAAACGGAUCAGGUUCUCCAACAAUCAUACUGGUCCAGUCAAGGAGAGUAG